CUUGGCAAUACAAUAUUUUUUUUGUGUGGAUCAAGUCUCGUACAAGUAAACGAAACAAAAUGGCGUCCAAUUGAGCUAUAUAAUCCUUCCGCAUCCAAGUCCAUCCUACUCUCUGUGAACAAUGUUUAGAACUAUACGUGCUCUCAGUUAUAGCUAGAUAUCUGUACUUUGUCCCUUUGUGGUCGGCUAAACCGAAAUUCAAAUAGAAAAGCCUGAGAGUGCUUCAUGUGGAGUAGAAUCAAAGGAGAAGCUGUCACAUCACAUCUCCUUUCUUGACACAAAUAAUUUCAGCAAGACAUUAAAAGAUUGUCAUUUCUUGAGCAUGGAGCUAAGAGUUGGGAACAAGUACCGUCUUGGUAGAAAAAUUGGAAGUGGUUCCUUUGGAGACAUUUAUCUUGGCACAAGCAUUUCUACCGGGGAAGAAGUCGCUAUAAAGCUAGAAUGUGUAAAAACCAAACAUCCACAGCUUCACAUCGAAGCAAAGUUCUACAAAAUGAUGCAAGGCGGAGUUGGUAUUCCAACGAUUAAGUGGUGUGGCACUGAGGGCGAUUACAACGUACUGGUUAUGGAGUUACUCGGCCCAAGCUUAGAAGAUCUGUUCAAUUUCUGCAAUAGGAAAUUUAGUAUAAAGACUGUUCUUCUAUUAGCUGAUCAGACAAUAAGCCGCAUUGAAUAUGUCCACAGCAAGAACUUCAUCCACAGAGAUAUCAAACCUGAUAAUUUCCUGAUGGGCCUUGGAAAAAAGGGCAACCUGGUUUACAUCAUUGACUUUGGCCUGGCCAAGAAGUAUCGUGACCCUCGUACUCACCAACACAUUCCAUACAGAGAAAACAAGAACCUUACCGGCACCGCCCGCUAUGCUAGCAUCAACACACAUUUAGGAAUCGAACAGAGUCGAAGAGAUGAUUUGGAAUCCCUUGGCUAUGUUCUGAUGUACUUUAAUCUUGGGAGCUUACCUUGGCAAGGGCUAAAGGCUGCUACAAAGAGACAGAAAUAUGAAAGAAUCAGUGAAAAGAAGAUGUCUACUCCCAUCGAAGUACUCUGCAAAGGAUUCCCCUCUGAGUUCGCCACCUACCUGAAUAACUGCCGAUCGCUGAGGUUUGAUGACAAGCCGGACUACUCAUACCUAAGACAACUUUUCCGCAAUCUCUUCCACCGUCAAGGAUACACAUAUGAUUACGUGUUUGAUUGGAAUCUUCUCAAGUUUGGAAGUGGGCGAGUUGAAGACCCUGGACCGGACAAGUCCAGGGAUCGGACGCUAGAGAGGGAUCGGGAUGAGCGUCAUCAACAGAUGCGCAGCUCCACCACCCGUGCCCUCCCAGGGACUGCCACAGGACGGUUACGGGAUCCAAUAGGAGGUCCUGCUGCGUCGCCUGUUGACUAUUCCUUCCCAGGUGCCCAGGGUCGGCCCAUGUCUCGCGCAGAGCGCGAGAAGCGAGUCAGUAUGCGUUUGCACCGAGGCGCGCCCGCGGACGUCUCCCCAGCGGACAUGCCCCGAGGUGACAUGUCCCGUAUGUCUGGUGCCCACGUGCGAUCUACACCUGCCAUGGCAACUGCUCCGUCAGGGUCUGCCAUGAGACGGAGCGGGACUGGGCGCGACCGCGAAGCCGGAAGCGUGGAACUAAGACAAUCGGCGCGGCACAUGUUCAGGAAAUAACCGUAUCAGGUUGCUUGAUUAGAUCACGUGGUUUUGCGCUAGCGUUUAGCCAGAGACUCUUCGACCUCCCAUGCAAUAUGUUUUUCCAAACGUUUAUUGGCAGCUAGUCCGCCAUCGGGAAUGGAACCUCGUGUUGUGUAGAUUCUCAGUUGUACCUUAAAAACUGGUUUACACAUUGGUGUUUUGUGAGUAUUUUGAUCUCAUGCAUUGUUAGAAUAUUGGGAAUACAUGGUGAAAAAAUUGGGGAUUUGCGCUAAGAGAUCACUUGACUUUUUGGGUGGCAAACUAGCGCGCUCAGGCUUUUAGCGGCAAAAUAACAGCAACCAAAAGCAAAUUGUGCUUACGAAUAAAGCUAGAAAGUUUUAUUUCAGAAAGGGUUAAUUUUUUUAUUUAAAUAUAUAUUUUUUCGUCGUUCUCUGGCGUGACGGGCGCAGGCAUUUCUUUGUUUUUUUUUUUUUUGGCUUGAAUUUGCCACCCAAAAGGUCACGUGAUCUCUUAGCGCAAGUCCCCAUUUGCACAAACAUUUGCUAGUGUGUAAAACAGUUAUUAGGUAGUUAAUGCAACCGUUUGUAGAGUACUCGCAGGGUUUUUAUAUGAAAGCCAGCCAGAUGGAGCAGACGUUGAGCCAUAUGCUGUCCGUCGACCAGAAUCAUCUAAGCAUAAGCUCCCUAAUAUUUGAUUAUUGCUGGGGGGGGGGGGGGGUUAAAUAGCGUUAUUAAUAAAUAGCGUAAUAACUGGGGGAUAUAGUAGCCUACAUAGCAGGUAGUAGUUGACCAGUGGUAAACUAGGAACCAGGGUAGAUUAUUUUAAUACAAUGACAUCAAAAAGUAUAAUGAUUUUCUUUGAAAAUACAAAAAUCUAUGGUUCCUAAGUUAUAUUUUUGUAUAAAAACACCUUUUGAAGACAAGACGAAACGAACUUGUCACUCCCAGUUCCGUGCAACGGCUGAAAGUUGCUGUUAUUUGUUUGUCAUGACAUCCUUUUCUUAAGCAGGACUAAAGGAAUGUUUGGAUAUGCACUUGCUAUGUUGGCUACACCCGAACAAAGAAUUUUUGUAGAAUGUCUAGGUUAGUUUUCAAUGUUUUACUAAGGCUAAGUUCAAACGUCGUAUUAUCCAUGAGCCGUAUUCAAUGGAAAUGCGUGCAAAUGAAGAUGAAACAAUCGACAUGAUUUAUUUGCAUGUAUUCGCAUUAAAUACGGCUCGUGGAUAAUACGACGUUUGAACUUAGCCGUAGGUUAGUUUCGGGUGAGGGUCAGCUGUAGAUGCUGUCAGCAUCUACUGAACUUACGGAAUCCUUACCUAUCUGUCUCUCCUGAAGGUUAAAGCCGCAUUGUCACCAGUUUACUAUCGGAGGUCCGACGGAAACCUCAACCGUUAAAAGACAAAAGAAUCUAUUACAAUCCGAGAUAUUAAGCAGGCCAUCCGCUCUAAAUUAUCAAUCACAUCCUCAAAGAAACUUCCAAUAAACACACUGCUUUCAAUAUUUUGAAAUAAUUUUUAAGUUUUCCGUUAAAAAACAUCGGAGAUUGUUACGUAAUCGACCGGAAGUAAACUGGUGACAAUGCGGCUUCAACUCCUUGUGAACCCAACUGAUACCAAGUAGAUCUCCUGUUGAAUUGAGGGUAAUGCACUGCAGGGCAGGCACGCAUGCUUGGGGCAACAAUUUCUAUUGAGGUUUUACAUUUACUUCGUUGUUAUAGUCACAGGGGUUGCCUAAAGUGUUGUAAAUUAGCUUCACAUUACCAUCUCUACGAGCUUUCUCACUAUUAUCGCUAAGGUAGAUGAACGAUUGUUCCACUUCUGUUUUCUAGUUCAAGUUAUUCCUUAAGUCGCAAAAAUGGCGAUCCAUCUGUAGUCAAACUUUUAGAAUUCUACUUAUAUAGUUUAUUUCUAUUUUAGUGUUCAUUGUAAAUAUAUUGCCACAAAUAAUUGUAUGAUAAUUUAGUAUUGUAAUCUCAUGAUCAUAAAGAUUUCAAGUGUUUUUAA